CGAGCAGAGAGACAGAGGAGGAGAGCUCGCUCGCUAGUCUCACUGCUUUCCACGCGCGCGGGAGUCCGAAGGUCUCGGCGCGGCGGGAACGGCGAGGGGGAGCGACCGGGCAUGAGGGAGCAGGAGGAGGGUGGCCUGAUGCAGGCGGCGGGGCGCCGGGGCGGGGUCGUCAGGGCGCUGCUCGGUCUCGGCGGGAUCGCGGAGGGCGCUGCGACAGCCGCCGAGGGGGGCGUGCCGAGGAAGCCCGGGACGGGGGAUGGCGGCGGCGAGGAGAAGAAGGCGGUGGUGAGGGUGGUGGCGGCCGACAUGCCGCCCGCGCUGCAGCGACGCGCGUUCCGCUGCGCCCGCGACGAGCUCGCCGGGAUGCCGCGCUCCCCGCGGCGGCUCGAGCCUAAGCGCCUCGCCCUCGCCCUCAAGAAGGAGUUUGACACUGCUUAUGGACCAGCUUGGCACUGCAUUGUAGGGACGAGUUUUGGUUCAUAUGUCACCCAUGCCCGGGGUGGAUUCCUGUACUUUUCAGUUGAUAAGGUCUAUAUACUGUUGUUCAGGACGGCGGUGGAGCCCCAGCCGCAUUGUGAUGACCAGACAAAUAGUUCGUGAACAAGCAUCCCAAAAUGCAGUUGUUCAGCUUCGCCAAGGCCUUGUACAUUGCAUGGUUUCUUCGAUGGCAAUGGGGACUCCUUUUUGGCGUUUAUGGUUCCAAUGUCAAGAAUUAUUUCGAGUGGUUAGUGUGAUCUGUUAGAGUUUAUGGCUGAAUGCAGUGUACCUUAGAUUUCUGAUGCUCCGUGUAGAUGGUCAGAUAGGAACAGAAGCUGGCCAGGGAGCACAAAUGGGUGUAUAUUGACACCCAAUCUCUCAGAAUGCAUUGAAUCAGUUGUAAGUUGUGACUCAAUUCUCCGUUGUUCAAGGCAAGAAUUGCCGCCUCUGUUAAUAUCAAGUCAUGCCAUUAUAAAUUUGCUAGU